AUGGAAUUAAGCCGUUUCAAUUUUACCUACGAAUACGUUUACAACUUGAUUGAAAAAGGAGUUAUCGAAGAUAUUAAUAAAGUGGUUCCAGUCAUGGGUGGUUUAACGCUGCUUCAUAUAGCAACUUUCAAUAAUGAUAAAAAAUUGGUGGAUUAUCUGCUCCGCAAGAAAGCUGAUGUACAUUCAAAAAGUCAAUACUGGGGUACAGUUCUUCAUACUGCUGUUAUAAUGGAGUACCUGGCUAUAACUGAAAGUCUAAUAAACUAUGGAGCAGACGUUAAUGCUCAACUAUUUGUGCCUUUUUAUGUGACCCGUUUCCAGUACGCAGUUGUUAAAAAUGAUGAAGAAAUUCCUGAGUUUUUAUUGAAACGAGAUGACGAUGUAAGUACAAUCUUGAAUCAGUAUGAAUGGUGUCUUGCCAGAACAGCAUUACAAAUCGCUGUUGAUCGAAAUAACGAAAAAAUGGUAGAGCUACUUUUAAAAAGUAAUGCUGAUCCGAAUCUUGAUCCUCAUCUUGAUGGAAGACUACUGAUGAUCCGUGCCAUUAUUAAAGGAAACUUACUAAUUACAGAGCUUCUUCUGGCAUACGGUGCAGAUGUUAACAUUGAAGGUGGUUAUCUUUCACCAGAACGAAGUGCUCUACAUUUUGCUGCCGAAUGCCGAAACUCGAAAGCAGUAGAAUUAAUCUUAAAUGACAGCAUGGUUGAUAUAAAUAGAGUGGAAGUGUGUAAAAAUUCAGCGCUUCAUUACGCAGUUAUCAAGAAAGACGAUGAUAUCAUAAGACAACUUCUUAAUGCUGGUGUUGAUAUUAAUUUAAAAAACGUUGAUGGUGAAACAGCAUUUACUUUAAAAAUAAUUCAUUUACAAAAACUUAAUGACACAUUCACCGAACAUAUUGCAAAAUUAAGUGCGGCGAACUUUUAUGUCAGUAAAGAAAAUUUAGCAGUCGUAAAUAGUGAAAAAUUCGGUGAAUUACGCGAUCAGUGUUUAAGCGAAAUUAAAAAAAUGAAGAUAACAUAUGUUGGUACGAGUAAUGUUACAAUUUAUAAUGUUUUGUGUAAUAAAUGUGAGCACAAAUUAGCUGUAAGUUUAAGUUAUGUUAGUGAUAGUACUAUUCCAGAUUUGGACAUGCAAUCUCUUUUUCCACUAUACGGCGGAAUGAUAAGUUAUCGAUUAAAAAAAGCAUUAGGACGAAAAAAAUUGUUAGUCAAUGCUAUUAGUUUAACUAAUGAUAUUUUCGAUGAAAUCAAACUCCCAAGUACUAUUACGAGGGAUAUUUUUAAAUUACUAACUAACAAAGAUCUGAAAAAAUUACAAUGA